AUGUUCACCUUUCAAGUUGUUACCGCAGUGGUUGCUGACAAAGAAUCGAAUAAUCAAGGGUGGAGAACAAAGUAUCGUGGCUCUAUUCUUGGUCACAGUAUUGUCAAUCGUAAUAGAAAGAAAGGUGAGUUAAAGCUAUAUAAUGAUUAUUUUGCUGAAAAUCCUAAAUUCACUAAAAGUCAAUUUCGAAGAAGAUUUAGGAUGAGUCGUCGUCUUUUUCUUCGGAUUGCAAACGCAGUGGAAGCUCACAAUCCAUAUUUCAAAAAAAGAACAGAUGCUCUUGGUGUUCUUGGUUUAUCUUGCCUUCAAAAGGUAAUUGCAGCUCAUAUGAUACUUGCAUAUGGUAUUCCUACAGAUCUUACUGAAGAAUAUCUUCGAAUUGGGGAAACCACUGCGAUAGAAAGUCGUGGAGCUUUUGUCAAAGCAAUCGUAGAAGUUUUUGGUGAUUGGUAUCUAAGGGCACCAAACGAGGUCAAUAUUUGUCGAUUAUUAUCAAUUGGAGAGCUGCGUGGAUUUCCAGGGAUGUUAGGGAGUAUUGACUGUCGUACUGCUCCUGUCAAUUAUAUAGUUAAUAGGUAUGAAUAUACAAUGGGAUACUAUUUAGCAGAUGAGAUUUAUCCUAAUUGGUCAAUCUUUGUUAAGACAAUCCCAAGACCACUAGGAGCAAAGAGAAAUUAUUUUGCAAGUAAGCAAGAGUCUGCAAGAAAGGAUGUGGAGCGGGCAUUUGAGGUGUUCCAAUCUCGUUUUGCAAUUGGGUUGUUGCUGUCGCGGUCGGUGCUGGGGUUGCUUACGGUUGGAGUGGAUGAGGAGAGAGUCGCUCCCUCUGCUGCUGCUGGUAAGGGUGGAAACCGCGGGAAAUAG